AUUCGAAAUUGGAUCCAAAAUUGGGGGUUUUGCAAAUUUUCAUCAAAUCUUGCAAUUGAGGGGUCCUUGGAGGUCGCCCGGAUGCCACGACCGCAUUGGCGUUGGUGCCCGCCGUCAAUUUCGCCGGAGGUGGCCGGAAAAAGCUCCGACCCGCCCGUGUGCGAAGUAAUGAGGGAAUAAAAGAGAUAAUUAAAAUAAAAAUGAAAAGGAAAAAUGAAAUACCAAACCACCCAAUAAUAAAACGCCCCAAUUGGAACGCUUCGCCCGAUUUGAAAGAUACAAUGACCCCUAAUUCCAUCGCAGCCAAGAGACCAGAGCCGACAACCGUCUCUCCCGCCGGGAAACGCCGUAAGAGCGGAGAAGACCACGGUUUGAUUCCCGGGCUUCCGGAUCACAUCGCCCAGUCUUCCCUCUCUUUCGUCCCUCCCUCCACUCUCUACUUCGUCUGCAAUUCCUGGCGCCGCCUUAUCUACUCUCCUUCUUUCCCACCUUUCCUCUCCAUCUACGCCGUCUUGUUCCCCUCCGAAGCCGCCGAUUCCAUCUCCGUCGCCUCCUUCGACCCCAUCUCCUCCACCUGGCAGUUCCUCCCACCUCUGCCGCCGCCGUCCCCUGACCUGCCCCUCCGCUUCCUAAUCCGUCACCCCUCCUUCAUCUCCCGCAACCUCCCUGUCCAGUCCGUCAGCGUCGCCGGAAAUCUGGUCCUCCUCGCCGCCACAGCGGAUCAAUUCCUCCCCGCCCUAUCCUGUCCCCUGAUUUUCAACCCCUUCACCGGAAAAUGGAGCUGCGGUCCACCCUUAAUCACCCCACGCCGGUGGUGCGCGGUUGGCGCAUCACGCGACACGGUCUACGUGGCGAGUGGGAUCGGAUCCAAUUACAACCAGAAAGUCGCUCGAUCCGUUGAGAAGUGGGACCUCAAAAGCAACAACCACCGCCACAUGCCGUUCACGAAACCUCAGGAGCCGUGGACGGGGUGGGAGAAAAUGGGAGGCCUCAGAGACGGAAAAUUCAGCAGAGAGGCGAUCGACGCCGUGGGGUGGAGAGGGAAACUGUGCAUGGUCAACGUGAACGGAGAUGCCGCCAAGGACGGGAUAGUCUUCGACGUCGUAAGGGAUGCGUGGGAGGAGAUGCCGGCCGGGAUGUUGAUGGGAUGGAAGGGCCCGGCGGCGGCGAUGGACGAGGAGACUAUUUUCAUGGUCGACGAGUCCAAUGGGUGGCUGAAGAGAUACGAUCCGGUUAAUGACAACUGGGUGGGAGUAAUUAAGGGCGAGGCACUUAAGGGUGCCCAGCACAUCGCCGCCGGAGGGGGAAGAGUCUGCGCGGCUCGCCGCGUUGGAAAGAGUAUCACGGUGGUUGACGUGGUGGCGCAACCGCCCAAAAUGUGGGCAGUUGAGGCUCCGGCCGGGUACCAAGUUUUGUCAGUUCAUAUAUUGCCCAGAAUGAGCAGACACGAUCUCUUGCCACCAUCAUCUGAUUCAGAUUCAUCUUCUUUAUCUUCUUCUUAGCAACUUUUUUGCUUUUUCCUUUUUUGUUUGAAAGAUAAAGUUUUCACUUAACUUUUCUAUGACCUUUUUACUCACUAUUUUAAAUUAGGACCAUGCUACACACCCCUUACCCUUGCUACCAAUCUUGCCUUCACUCAUUUCUUUACCACAUAUUUAUCUCUAUCCAUUCUCUAUCCACUCUCUAAUUUUAAUUUUCAGGAGGAGCAUGAGUAGUAGCAAGGGUGGGGUUUUUAGCAUUUUCCUUUAAAUUAUAUGGCCUAUUCCAAAGUACGGUGGUAAAUGAACAUUUUUUGGUCAA